CUCACCCAGAUGGUGGACCAAUCAGCAGGGCCUGCGGGGGCAGAAAGCCGGUAGGUUUCCCUGAGAAGCUAAUAUACAGAAGACACAGGACGGACGGACGGACGGACGGAGAGUCGGGGACCUGGAAGUUAGUUUCACGUCAACCUGAGAGCUUCUGGUUGGUCUGUACAGUCUCCAGCAGCUCGAUGCACUCUGACAGAGGAAUGGCCAUUCCCAGGAUGCUGAACUCCAACACUCCGUUCAUCAUCGUCACCGGCGGCUCUGAGCUCUCGUUUCUGGGGAAGGAGGAUGACGGUGAGGGCUGUGAGGAGGAGAAGGACUCGCUGGUUCAGGCCAUCGCUCCUCACCUGAGCCGAGUCAUUCAGCUCGGUACCGCCAAGCAUGUAGCGACGGAGGGAUAUGAGGAGAACCACUGCGUUUCUAUAGUCGCACAGGCAGAAAGGGAGGACUUCCAGGAGUUCAGCCCAACCAACACUCAGAGCCCCUUCUCUAGAUCCCAGCUCCUCCAGAAGCACAGGCCUCUCAGUCAAGAAGCAGCCCUGAUUAGUGACUCAGAAGAUGAGGACUUUGAUCAACUCCCACAUUACCACCUCCAGAGGAAACAGCGCAGGAAACUCAGAACCCGACAGAACCAGGAGGACGGAGAGGAACGUCCAAUCAUCAGGGGUCUGUGGGUUCAGGAGAUCGACUGGCUGAAGUCCACGUCCACUGAGAUCAUCCCUCCUCCUCCUCAGUUCACGGACUCAGCAGACCUGUACAGAGGAGUGUUUGAGAGGAGGAUGGAGGAGGACCAGCUCAGGUCUGCAGAUCCAGACGAUGCUUCCAGCAGCGAGGACCGAGGCUCCGACUCUGACUGCAGCCUCCACUGUGAAUCCAUCUGCACUCAUGAGAGCGAGUCGGACUCGUCUCUCUGCCUGGAGGCCGACCUGCGAGGUCAGCUCGGAGUAGAAGCGUCCAACUCCACCUUUGACCUGAUGCAUGUGUCUGGAUUUAAGUCUUCCUCCCAGGCGGACUGGGAUUCGAAGUCUACGGACUGCGAGCAAAGCCUGCUGGGAGUUUCAGACUGCACCUUCACCCACAGCUCUGGAAACCUUUCUGGCUGCGACGACACCGUUUUUGACGAACUGCGAGGCAAAGUGACACUGAUACCGAAGCUGUUUGUGUCGGCUUUCCACAGGGGUUUGAUCAAACAGAUUCUGAACGAUUGGAAGAGCUCCAAACCCGCAAACGAAGGACUCAUAUUCCAUCAUCAGCUGCAGCCCAACACCUGCCAGUACCGGGAGGGGGAGGAAUACUGCGUUGUCCAUCGCAUCCAGAACGGCUCCUACGGUGACGUGUUCUGUGUUCAGGACAACAGCACUGGAUUCAGAUGUGCUGCCAAGAGGAUUCCUCUGAGCGGCUUCAGCAGCGAGGAGGUGAGGACAUGGAGCGCUCUGAACUCUCCUCGAGUUGUGGAGCUUUUUGGAGCCGUAAGAGAGGGACUGAACGUCGUGCUCUUCAUGGACCUGAAGCCAGCUUGCUUGGCCCAGCUGCUAAAGGAGAUGAACUGCCUCCCUGAGGAUUUGGCCCUGCACUACCUCCACCAGACACUGGGGGCACUGGAGCACCUGCACCACAGGAGGGUGCUUCACCUGGAUGUCAAAGUUGACAAUGUGCUGCUGUCUGCAGACUGCAGAGACACAUUCCUCUGCGACUUUGGUCUCUCAGAGACAUUAGAUGACAGCGGACGAGGCGGCGAGGCCUUCAGGGGAGCUGCUUUUCCUGGAACUGAGACCCACAUGGCCCCUGAGGUAGCUCGAGGAGAUCAACUCUCUGCGAAGGCGGAUGUUUGGAGCAGCUGCUGUAUGCUACUGCACAUGCUCAAUGGAUGCCAACCGUGGAUACGUUACUAUUCCCAUCCGCUGUGCCUCCAGAUUGUCAAUGAGCCUCCACCGCUAUGGGAGGUACCAUCCAACUGCAACAACUUCACGGCCAAAGUGUUCAAAGCCGGACUCCAGAAGGACCCCGAAAGACGAGCGUCAGCAAAGGAGCUCCAGAGGAAAACCACCAAGGCCCUCAGAGCAGUUGGAGGUCUGAGACCUUGGUCCAUCAAAACCGCCUGUGAGAAGCUUCAUCACAACCGGACCCAGAAUGAAGACGCCUCCUACACCCAGAAUAAACCCCCAGCUGCACCCGCCAUGUACUGGGUCAGUCCCUGGAGAACCACAGCGGUGGACGAGGACGACAACAACUGGUCGGAUGGAGAAUCGGAACAAGACCCUAAAGGAGAAGCUGAUUCCUUCAAGAAGGACUGGGACUCUGAGCCGAAAUCACUGCGAGACGACUACAUCACUGAUGAGAAAGACUGGGAGACCGGCUCUGAUUCGGAGGUCGACAUUUACAUGGGAGAGGACGAAUAUAUUCAGGAGAAGUGGCUGAAAACUGACAAAGACUAUGAGGGGGAUUGGGAGGAAGAGGAUGAUGAAGAAGAGGAAGAUGAGGAAGAAGAAGAUUGGGACUCUUAUGUGUCUACAGAGUAUCUUCGUGCUCUCAGAGGCCUUUUUCCUUUACUGCAAAAAGGACAACAGAUGAAUGAGGAUUCUUGGGGAUCAGAAGCAGAGCUGGAAUACCUCCGAGACGAUGUACCUUUAGGCACCACGAUCCAGACGCCCUCCCCUGAACCUCGUGACGACCCUCCAUCCUGCUUCAGCUGCUCGGACACGUCGCAGAUCGACGCCUCAGACAAGGACUCUGACCGUUCUUCUGACGACCUCAGCUCCGGCGUCUUUUCGUCCUGCAACAGUCAGACAGACGGACACAUGGAGUGGUCGGCCUCAGCCAAUCAGCCGUCCUCGUACUGCUCCGAGGGUGUUGACAUCUGGAUUGAGAACGUCCAGAGCGAGUGUCUGAGGAUCCGAGAACGCCGGCUGGUCAAAGUGGGUCACGUUGCUAUAGGAAUCAGCGAUCAGAUCUCAGGGAAAGCCUUUACUUUGGAGACUCUGGACAGGAAGUUGGUGUCCUUUGAACAGGAGAUCAGAGAGUCUGGACUGUGGCUUCGCUGUGUUCCUGCUCCAGACAGAUGUCAGCGCUGGAGGUGGAGGGUCCGAGACGGAAAGCUGGAGCUCCGAGAAUGACGUUUUCUGUCAUCGUUUGUCUUCUUUGCACUAAUUAUUUCCAUUAAUGAUUGUUGUCGGGAAAAGCUGGAAGGCCCUGGUUUUAGGCAAAAGGAUUCUCAGUGUGUUCACACACAGUUCCAAGACUACAGUUUAAGAUUUGAGUGAAAGAAAGCUGAACGACAGGCAAAUAAACACUCAGUGAGCACUUUAUUAGGAACACCUAACAAUCUCAGUUCAUGGAGACACAAAGAUGUUGAGAAGCUUCCUCUGCAGAUUUUUGAUCUCCUGUUCUACCACACGACUCGGAGCGUUACGCUGCUAGAAGAAGACAUUAGAAGGUGAUAAAUUGUGGAUAUAAAGGGAUGCACAUGGUUAGCAACAACACCAAGACAGUCAGUGACAUCCAAACCAUGAUUAUGAAAAUAUUCCUCACAGUUUUAAACCAGAUUCAUUAAAUCAGGUGACAUUUUCCACCUUCGACUGACCAGUUUUAGUCUUUAUGGUAAUUAUCAACUCUUUGUUGGUGUUUUAAGACUGUUUGGUCUUUUUGUGUCAUUUUUCAGCUUUUUUUUUGCUUUAAAACAGUUGUGUCUUCUUUUUGUUGUGUAUUUUUUGUGUCCUGCUGUCAGUUUGAGUCUCUUUUGGUGAUUUUACAUAACUGUGCUUUUGUGUGUCUCAGUAUUUGCGUAUCUGUUAUUUGAUUUCUGUCUUUGUAUAGUUGUUGUCCUUCAUUUUGUUUGAAUUGUGUCUCUGUGGUCAUUUUGUGUCACUUUAUAGUUAUUUAUUGGUCAUUUUUUUCUCUUAGUUGUAGACUUGUCUGUCAUUGUGGUUGUUUUGCGUCACUCUAUGGUUGUUGUUUUUUGUGUGUCUUUGUCAUUGUUUUAGGUGCUUUGUGGUUGUUUUGUGUCUCUUUUUGGUUGUUUGGUGUGUUUUUGUGGUUGUUUUGGGUACAUUUGUCGGUGUUUUGUGUCUUGAUGUCGUUUGGUGUGUGUUUGUGGCUGUUUAGUGUCUUUGUGGCUGUUUUGUGUCUCUUUGUGAUUAUUUGGUGUGUUUUGUGGUUGUUUUGGGUCUUGUUGUUAUUUUGCUUCUCUUUGUGGUUGUUUUGUGUCUCUUUGUCUGUGUUUUGUGUCUCUGUGGUUGUUUUGUGUCUGUUUGUUGGUGUUUUGUGUCGUGAUGUGGCUGUUUGGUUGUCUUUGUGGUUAAUAGGUGUAUUUUGUUGUUGUUUUGUUUCUCUUUGUGGUUGUUUUGUGUCUCUUUGUGUUUUGUGUCUUGAUGUGGCUGUUUGGUGUGUUUUGUGGUUAAUUGGUGUGUUUUGUGGUUAAUAGGUGUGUUUUGUUGUUGUUUUGUGUCUCUUUGUGUUGUUUUAUGUCUCUUUGUGGUUGUUUUGUGUCUCUUUGUUGGUGUUUUGUGUCUUGAUGUGGCUGUUUGGUUGUCUUUGUGGUUAAUUGGUGUGUUUUGUGGUUGUUUGGUGUGUUUUGUGGCUGUUUUGUGUCUUGAUGUGGCUGUUCCACCUUCAGCUGUCCAGUCUCGAUGAUGUUACGGCUUCUGCAGCCUUUAAUUUCUGUUCCUGUUAGACAGAAGUGAAAGCCAACAUGGUCUCCUGCUAUUGCAGUGCAUCCACCUCAAGUUUGGACGGCUAAAAAGUGGUUCCUGUCAGCUUCAGCCAGACUAACCUCUCAUCAACAAGGCGUUUCAGUCCAUGUUUUCACAGUUCUGAGUGACUCCCCUCAACUGUUCUGGUGAAAAUCCAGGAGAUCAGCAGCUUCAGAAAGUCUCUGAACAACCAUCGUCACAUUUUCAGCCCAUUCUGAUUUGUAUCUGCAGGAGUUUAUGUCAUUAUUUAGCCUGUUUGGAUAAAUGCAUGAAUAAGCAGGUGUUCCUGAUAAAGCGCUCUGUGAGUGAAGGUGACAAAUAGAUGCAUUAAAAGCACACGUCUAUAAGCUGUGCAGGUCAAACUGUUGCUGUAAACUGUGUACAAACAGUGCAGGAGUGUGUAAGUGUGCAGAGAGAAGGAGUAAUGCGAUAUGUGACUUUAUCCGUUCAUUUUUAAGUCAUUUUUCCAUAACUGCACGGUGAAGGUGCAAAAGAAAUCCACUUUUCUGCAUUUUUUCUGUUUCCUCUCUGAUCUGGAAUCUAGAGUUUGUUUGUCAUUGAGUGUAUUUUAGAGUUUAGAAGAAGCGAAGUUGCUUAAAAUAAUGACAGUUUUCCACGACACGGUUUAAGACCUGAGGAAAUGAAUACUUGAACGUUACUUACAUUUUAUAUCUCAGUAAAAAAAAAAAAAAUACCUCCAAGGUGAAGAGACAGCUGUUUUCUGCUUUUCUUCAUCCGUUUUGUUCAUCAUUUAUCGUCUCUUUUAUCGUAGUUAGAGCAGAGUCGCCUCUUAUCUGUCCAGCACCAGCACUAGAUCCACAUAUAGCUCAUUGUAAAUAUUUACAGCCCUAAUAAAGAAACCUAUACGUCCAUGUGACCACAUGAAAACUGCAUUUUGCUUGAGAGCACGUGGUUUGAAAUGUUUUAAAGGGCUUGGCAGUAAUGUACUAUCACUGAGGAUGUUGAGAUUAGGAGUGCAUUUAUGGGGCAUUUGCAUAAAGAAAACUACAAAUAAAUCUAAUUCUACCACCUUUGUGCCACAAAAUAUGUAAGUUUAGCUUUAUUCCCAGCAGAGUAGUGAACUCUAAAAUAAAAUGUACUGAAGAUACAGUUUUCGAAGUACAUAAAAUACUAUAAAAUCAAAAUAAGAAAUUCAGUGGUUUGUUCUUUUAGGACAAGAUUUGUAAAAGUGUUGCUGAGACUCUGUGGUUCAGUGACAGUCAGCUACUGUUUGAGGAAUGUGAAGCUCCUCCUAUAGCAAACAAAACAAUGCUUAAAUACACAAUGAGCCCAGGGCCUGGAAGCACCUGCUAACUGUUGCCUACUGGAAACUAGUCUGAUCGUAAGCCAAUAUAUCACGUGUUUUAGACUAGACACUUUGUGUGGAUCUUUGCUAUUUUUACUUUGUUUUUUUGAUAAUAACUCAAUAUUUUAGUUUUUUUUUUGUUUUUUUACAUUAGAAUAUGUUAAGUUGGGCUUCAGGGAGUAAUGAUGAACAUUUUUCACAAUUUUCUGACCUUUUUUUUGGCUAAACAGUCAAUCAAUUACUAAAUAAAACAGGGCCUCAUUUUGGAAUAGAUCAUAAUCAAUAUGUAUUUUUUUUAGUUGUACAGAUUUCUAUUACAUUUGCAAUCAAUCAGAUUGUUGUAUACACUGAAGAGACAGUUAACAUUUCUUACUGGAAAGUCAAUCAAAUGACCAUAAAGAAAAGCAAAACAACAACAAAUAAUGAUUCAUAGCAACUGCAAAGCACAGAAAAAUUACCAUAAAGAGACAGAAACCAGCUACAAAGACAAUCAGCAACUAAAAAGACUCAAAUGUGUGAAAAACAGACACAAAAUAAAGACAAAUGGAUGCAAAAACGGCAAUAACGGAACACAAAAUGACCGACGUAAGAUUCAAAAUGGCUAAAAAGACACAAAUUGAUCACAAAUAGCAGCCAAAUCAAUGCAAACACAAGAUGACUGCAAAGAGACACAAAACACACAAGCAUUAAUUAAACUGAAUGUCUCUUAGAAUUUAGGUUUCUUGCUCCUCCUUGCUUUUGUGUCUAUGUUUGGUUGUUUUUUCUUUUGUCUUUUUACAGUUAUUUUGUGUCUUUGUGGUUGUUUAGUAUCUCUGUGUGGUUGUUUGGUGUUUCCCUGUGAUUGUUUUGUGUCACUUUAUGGUUGUUUUGUGUCUUUUGUAGUCGUAUUGUGUGUAUUUGUGGCUGUUUUGUGUCUCUUUGUGGUUGUUUUAUAUCACUUUGUGGUCGUUUUGUGUCUCUUUUUGACUGCUUUUGUAUCUGUGUGGCUGUUCUGUGUCUCUUUGUGGCUGUUUUGUGUGGUUUUGUGUGGCCAUGUGGCUGUUUUUUGUCUCCUUGUCACUGUUUGGUGUCUCUUUGCAGCUGUUCGGUAUCUGUCUGUUGCUGUUUGGUAUCUCUGUGUGGUCGUUUUGUGUCUCUUUAUGGCUGUUUUGUGUCACUUUGAGGUGGUUUGACAUUUCUUUGAGGUUGUUUUUGAGUGAAUUUGGGAAUUUUUAUGGUCAUCUUCCUCUUUGCGUUGUUGUUUUAUAUCUUUUCAGUCAUUGAGUAUCUCUCUGUGACUAUUCAGUGUCUUUAAUGAAUCUUUGUGACGUCCAACCAAUAAAUAUUAGAUCACUUCAUUGA